AUAAACUGAAACGAUUGUUGGUCGUGUAUGAUGUACAUCCUUUCGAGUUGCAAUUCAUGUGUUGAUUGGUGUAUCAGCUGACGAAAAUUAGGCUCCAACGAUACCAAAUAAAUCGACGAUACAGAAGCGUAAGAUGUGAUAAGAUAUGUGAGAAACAAAGGAAAACGAUGUUUAAACGAUCGACGAGAAAUAAUAUCUGCGCAUCCGGCAGAAUGCUCAAGUUCCAUCCAUCCAUGUGACAUAUAUAUAUAGAAAUUAGAAGCGUGUAUGUGUAGAAAGAAGUGGAAGAAAACAAGUGAAAAUAUUGGUUUUCCAUUUUGGUAGCGGAAGACCGUCUUGUUCCGUAUCGACGAAAAGUAUAAUUUAAAUCGUCGAUUCACGCGAGGGGAUAAGUAUUUUUUUCGACGGCUACGCCGAACUGGUUCCUCGGUAAAAAGUAGCACCGCGAGUGUGUCUGGGUUCGAGGCUUCAUAUAAAUACAUCUACGUCCAGAAAAUUACCGGCAGUCAUUGCGAGAAAGUCCUGUGAUGAAGGGAUCGUCGCCCAGACGGGGCAAAUUGUAAGACCGUUCACUUGAGCCGAGAAUGCCGGUGAAAGUUGACGUAGUACCACCACCGCCCGCAAACUCGAAGCAGCCGGGUGUCACAAAAUCAUUGCUUUACAACGGUUCACGAUUUCAAGGUUCCCAAAAGUCUAAGGGAAACAGUUACGACGUAGAAGUAGUUCUACAGCACGUGGACGAAGAGAACAGUUAUUUAUGUGGCUACCUAAAAAUCAAGGGUCUCACAGAAGAAUUUCCUACUCUGACCACGUUCUUUGACGGUGAAAUUAUAUCUAAAAAAUAUCCAUUCUUAACUCGUAAAUGGGACGCGGACGAAGAUGUCGAUAGGAAACAUUGGAGCAAAUUCGAGUCGUUUCGUCAGUACGCCAAGACAUUUAAUUCAGAUACGUUCGAUUACGAGGCUUUAAAGGGAACCGAUUUUGUUUUUAUGAGGUGGAAGGAACAUUUUUUAGUGCCCGACCAUACCAUUAAAGAUAUCAACGGUGCCUCGUUCGCAGGAUUUUACUAUAUUUGCUUUCAAAAAUCUGCUGCCACGAUCGAAGGCUUUUAUUAUCAUCGUAGUUCCGAGUGGUAUCAGUCCUUAAAUUUAAAACACGUCCCGGAGCAUAGCAUACAAAUCUACGAAUUCAGGUGAAAUCAAUGGCUUACUCGAUUAUCUCCAAAUUCACAUUUUACCUCUGUUAGCAUACAGAUCUCAUAAAAUUCCUAAUCUCUGAACUAUAAUUCGACUCAGUUCGUUGACCAACGAGAAUUUUUAAAUUGUUUAUUAGUAGAGUGUAAGGUCGCCGGUGGUGAGGGACUCGACCGCUUCGACCGAGUAUUUCUUAGUCUCUUUUGCCUUCGUUUUUCUUCUCUCUUCUUUUUUCUAUUAUUAUUAUUAUUAAAAUAGUAAUUUACGACGCGCGACGUACACACUAUAUAUUUACUUUAUAUAAAUGUUAGACGUGUCAUGAAAGAAACGUUGUAACGAACGGCGGCGAUGAGAAUUCCAGUCAUUCGGACAUCUCGACUAUGAAUUAGUUAUUAUCGAUGUUCAUUGUAAGAUGUUUUAUCGAAAUAAAUUGAUCCAUGUUUUUUGUCAAUUACUUAAAACGUUGUUGAUUAUUUGCUAUUUCUAUUCGCCGUUACGAGACGUUGUAAUAUCUGAUUUGAAGUUCGCCGCUCUCUGAUACGAGUAGGGUAGGUACUCCUUUUUCAACUUACCGAACGAUACGUUUACCGUUUAUCAGAGGAAACAAUUCGACGAAUUAUGCGAACGAAAAGAUUCCUGAGGCGACGCUUCGGCAGGAGUAACGGUUUAAUUAUACUUGAAUCGAUAAGGUCGCUACUCGUCCGAAUGACCAAACGACCGCAUGGACACUUUACUUUCCAUUCGUAUUCGGAUAUUUAUGAGAUCUGUUUGCUCGAAAUGAAAGAACGGUGGUGACGAUCGAAUGAAUUGACGCGGCGUGAAUGAAAACGGAAAGGGAAUCAAACCGGAACAUGAAAGUGAUUUUAAAAUAUCAUCUCGACACGUCGACGUCUCUCUCUCUCUCUCUCUCUCUCUCUCUCUCUCUCUCUCUCUCUCUCUCUCUCUAUACUUCCCGAUCCCUCUUUCGUCGUUGGGCAUCAUGAUACAGACAGAUGAUCAAACGAGAAUAAUAAAUGCAGAUUAUGACGUAACACCAGGUGUGGAGCGUUGAAAAAGAGAUUUUCUUUAUUUACCUGUAGAAGCUAUAGUUGCUCGACUGAUGAACCAGCGACUCUGUUCUGAACGAUGACAUGAGCGUUAAUCGAAAUCCUAGUGACAGGUGGAUCGGAAUCGAGCAAAGAAAGCGUGCUUGGUGUACAAGCGUGCAUCCUGAAGCGGCACAAUUGUGACGAGCCAAGCGAACAAGAAACGGUCGACGGGUAGAGAUUACGUAGAUCACACUUGACAGAACAAAUUUGAUACGAGUUGGCUGUUUAUAGAAACCGUAAUCUAACGUGAUUUUAAUAGUGAUCGGGAAUCUGUUAUAAACAUAGACGGUCGUAACGCGAUUGAUCGCAACAGCGAUCGGGCUAAUUUAACCGAGUUUAUCCGUAUUUAUCGAAGACUAAUGAUUCUCAUCGAAUUUCGAAUCUCCUUUUAGAUGAUGUAAAAUUUAUUCUUUCAACGAUAAUUGUAUAGAAAUUUUAACGUUACCACCACCAGAAUAGUUGAGACUCGUCUACUACUUAGAAAUUUAGAGCCUAGAUUUAUUAAUUAAUUAAGGCGCAUAUAGGACAGAGACGUAUCUAGUUGAAUCUAAAGCGUGUAAUAACAUGUAUUAAACGAAUGAUUUAUAUUAAAAUAUCUUUAUUGUAUAAUCAUA